AUGCGUCGAAUAUCUCAAUCCUUACGGCAGUCGAUAACAUUCAGGCAACCUAUACGCUACCACUACGCGCCGCUCAGAACGCAAUGGCUCUCGACGACCUCGGCCCGGCCGUGCUCCUGCUCUGAUCAACAACAACCCCCCAAACCGUCCCCAGAAAACCAAGCUGCCUCCUCGGCCGACUAUCGCGCAUUAGGAACGGAGCAGGACCUCUUCACCACGUCAGUAUACAGUCCCGGGUCGCCGCUUUUUCUCCCCAAUGGCACGCAUAUCAUCAACAAACUCAUUUCCUUCCUCCGCACCCAAUACCUUCAAUACGGAUUCCGCGAAGUCUUGACGCCGACGAUAUACAAAAAGUCGCUCUGGGAGGUCUCGGGCCAUUGGCAGAAUUACAAAGAUGACAUGUACGAGGUCCGUGGACGAGGGGCUACAGGCGAAACGGAUGGCGAAGCCGGAGAGGACGAGUCAUACGGACUGAAGCCAAUGAACUGCCCGGGACACUGUUUACUGUUCAAAUCGCAAACCCAUUCCUACCGAGAGCUUCCUAUACGUUACGCCGACUUUAGUCCCCUGCAUCGAAAUGAGAUAUCGGGCGCGUUAAGCGGGCUUACUCGGGUUCGACGAUUCCAUCAAGACGACGGCCACAUCUUCUGCCGGCCGCAACAGAUUAAAGGGGAGAUCAAAUCAGCGCUUGGGUUUGUUGAUUUGGUAAUGACGACAUUUGGUCUGGGGCCGUAUCGACUGGUGCUGUCGACAAGACCCGAAACGGAUUUCAUUGGUGACAUGGAGUUGUGGGAUAGUGCAGAGGCUCAGUUGCGUGAAGCAUUGGACCAAACUGGGAGGGACUGGGCGAUCAAUCAAGGCGACGGCGCAUUCUACGGGCCAAAGAUUGACAUUCAGCUCCAGGACCAGGCCGGCAAAUAUCAUCAAUUAUCCACUAUCCAGCUGGACAUGAACCUUCCCCAACGAUUUGGGUUAGAGUAUCAGGUUGCAGAGGGAGAAGAAGACUACAAUCCGGCCACUCCAGGAAGGGCAACUCCCGUGAUGAUCCACCGAGCAAAUUUUGGCUCACUCGAGCGGUUUCUCGCAUUGCUCAUUGAGCAGUACGGAGGUCGCUGGCCAUUCUGGCUAUCACCGCGGCAGGGUAUCAUCUUGACUGUGAACCAGGAUGAGACUGUCGUGAAACAGGCGCAUGAAGCAGCAGCAAAAAUUUCUGGGUUCAAGGCUCUCGAACAGAACCCGGCCGACCAAGGAAUUCCCAAACCUCUAUCGUCCGUGCACUCUACCUUCUCGAUCGAAGUCGACGCGAGCAGUCAAACGCUGGGCAAGAAGAUCCAGCGCGCGAAACAGAUGAAAUACAACCUCAUUUUCAUUCUCGGGCCCAAAGACCUUGCCGAAUCGCGCAUCACAAUCGAUGUCACUGGGCAGAUGCAGAGCCAGGCCGACCGCGAUGCCCAGAAGCUACGGGGCGUGCUUGCCGAACAGGUCGGGGAAAAAGCGCUGCAAAAUCCGCGCGCAAUUCCGAUACCGGUCGACUCGGUUCACGAUUUACUAGUGCAACUGGAGAAGCACUUUGUAUAA